AUGGAGUGCAAACCUUCUUUUGAUGUGGAUGAUGUGACCUACUUGGAAGAACAAUGCCAUAUUCUUGUGGGGCCUGAACCACAGGAAGACAAUUUGAAUCUGGAAAGAAAGAGUGACUUGGGAAAUAUUAUCUUCUCAUCCUUUGAAGCCCCAUCCCCAUCUGGCACUGAGAUAAAAUUGUGUCCUAAUAAUAUCACCAAGAGGCGGGCCUUUAGUGAUAACCCACAUCUCCUGAAAGUUCCGUUUGUGGAGCAUGAUGAUGGUGACAUCAGACCUUACCGAUUUGACAGACAUGCUCCAGGAAGGAUUUCUACCUCUCCAACUCUGAGGAGGCUAAGAAAUAGUACCUCAUCAGUCUCCCAAGUAUUCCAGCUCCAGGACAGCAUUGAGAACGAGAGGAUGCACAGCCAGUUGCCACAAACAGACUUUUCUCUUCUUCCUUGUCAAAGUCAUACUCCAUGUUCUCAGCAUUGUUCUUCCACCUCAGACUCUGGCAUCCACACAGAUUCACUGUCACUGAGAGAGAACACUACACUGGUUGACUCCCUCUCAGUUCUACCACAUCAUAAAGAUCAUUUAGUUGGUGAUCAAACAUUGCAGAACACUAGUGAGAUCGACCCUUCUUUCCUGACUGAGAGGAAACAGAAUUCUCAGGAAUGCAUUGAGGAAUUAUAUUUGCAUAAACCUAACAGUCUACACAACUCAUCUGAACGCAGGCAUAGCUCAGUGGUGGUGAGUUUGCCUGGACUUGAGAUGUUUCCAGGAGACCUGUUGAUAUCAGACAGUGCAGCAGAAUUCCUUUACCAUUCAGCAUCCCUGCACAGUUCAGAAUCCAAAAAGCCCUGGUGGCCAUUCGUUAAAAAAGGAAUGAGUAAAGACAAACAGAAACAAAUAUCAGACCUGGAAAACUGUCUUUCCACAGUAACAAUCAAGAUAUCGGAGUGUAGUGGCUAUGAAUUUCACGGUGUUAAGAAUAAAACUUGGCAUGAAAUUAUGAAGAUGCAUCAGCUUGAGCCAAAAGUCAGUGAAGACCAGUUAGAUACAAAGAAGAAAGAAGCUGUGUGGGAGCUUUUUACAACUGAAUGCACAUACUUUCUUGAUCAUCUACUGGUUCUCAAAAUGAUAUUUAUGGAUACAUUAAGGUACCUGCAAAGCAAGGAGUUCCUUCCCGAUGUGGACACUGGGCUACUAUUUGCCAACUUGGAAGAGUUAAAACAGGUGAGCCUCAGUUUUGUUACCAGUUUCUUUAGUGCUAUAAAGGAUCACCUUGUCAAACCCUUGUCUUCAAUAGAUUUCAUCCCUGUGCUUACAAAGUAUUUCCAAGGGAACCUGUGUCAGAGCCACCAGAUAUACUGCCUAAAUUACACCUCUGCUAUCUUUUACUUGGAAAAACUGAAGAAAAGAGAAGAUUUUGGGAUCUAUUUGAAAUGGUGUGAACAGAAUGAACAGUGCAAACGACUUCAUCUCUCAGAACUGCUGGUUGCACCUUUACACAAACUGACACGCAAUCCCCUUCUCCUGAAGAACAUCUGGAAAAAUACAGAGGCAGCAGAGAAAGCUGCCAUUGGUACAAUUAAGGAAAAGGUGGAAAAAUCUAUACGGGAUUUGGAAGGGAAAGUGAAAUGGCUGGACAAUUUCCAGAAAUUUAAACAGCUUCAGGAAAUUAUAAUUUGGCCUUCGCUUUGGGAUCAAGACAAAAGAUUUUUUGUUCCUGAGUGUCUCAAGAACAUAUUAAGGGACAAUCCAAAUGAAAACAUCUUGUCACCUACAAAGAGAUUGCUCAUUCAUGAGGGGAGAUUAACUCUUGCAGAGCAUAUGAGACUUGCUGAUGUACAUCUGUUUUUGUUUGAUGAUUUGCUAUUGAUUACAAAACCUAAUCGCCACAAAAAGAAAUCUGGGGCUUCUGACUUGAGUUUAAUACCUGUCUGCCCGUUCUUCACUCCUGAAUUUCAAUCUUUGCUUGAAGAAGGUGGUUAUUGCAUAGUGCUUGACCAGCCUAUUCCAUUCGACAGAUUGAUUGUCAAAAAUAUUGAUUCAUUCCACCUAACAGCUUUUGGAGUACGAAAUGCUUUUCUCAUACAGCAUAAAAGUAGGUAUCAACAGUGCAUAGCAGCCUUUUUACUACAAGCACAGACCGAGUCUGUCAAGAAAACAUGGAUGUCACAAAUGGAAAUGGCAAUCUCAAAUUAUGCAAAGAAACACAACCCCCCCAAAACCUCAUUUUUCAGUCUACCUGCUGAAUCAUCUGAAAUUUAGCUGUGAUCUGUUGGGAACUGCUAGGCAAUGUGACAUAUUCCUUUUUUUUAA